GUUCCGGGUUGCACACUCCGAUAAAUUCGUGCGUCUAGCAGUUGCAUGUCAAGGGAGUAGUAAGGUCAAGCCGUCAAUCAAUGGAUUUCUCCGUGACGUCUUUGCUGUACCUUGCCGCCUUGCUUUACGUGAUCGUGCAGCUAGUGCGUUUUGCCUUUGCGGACGCCGACUUUACAUUGCUAUGGACUGUCGCGUUUGGAAACAAGCCAGAGAACAAGCUGCAGGGGAAGGUGGUGUGGAUCACUGGGGCCUCCAGUGGUAUUGGAGAGGAGCUGGCCUAUCAGCUGGCUCGACUGGGGGCUCGCCUGAUCCUGUCUGCCCGCCGAGAGGGUGAGCUGGAGAGGGUGAAGCGCUGCUGUCUGGAGCGCAGCAACUUGCAAGAAAAGGAUAUUCUUGUUCUUCCGCUUGACUUGCUGGAUAGGGGAUCCCAUGAAGCAAAAAUGAAAUCUGCAGUCCAGCACUUUGGCAAUAUUGACGUCCUCAUCAACAACGGGGGUCGCACCCAGCGCUCCCUGUGCCUGGACACCAACGUGGAGGUGUACCAGGCUCUGAUGGACCUCAACUACCUGGGAACAGUGUCGAUGACCAAGCAGGUGCUGCCCCACAUGACGGAGCGUGGGACGGGUGUCGUGGUGACGAUCAGCAGCGUGGUGGGGAUGGCGGGAGCGCCGCUGGCCACUGGGUAUUCUGCCAGUAAACACGCCUUGCAGGGCUUUUUCAACUCUCUGCGCACGGAGCUCACAGACUACCCCGGGAUCACCAUUAGCACAGUGCUGCCUGGGCCCGUGCAGUCCCAAAUCGUCCACAAUGCUUUCACGGAGCAGCUCGGCAAGCCUGUGGCGACAGCAGGGGACCAGCAGCACAAGAUGCAGACGUCUCGAUGUGUCCGUCUCAUCUUGGUGGGCAUAGCCAAUCAGAUCCGGGAGAUGUGGAUUGCCCAGCAGCCCUUUCUUCUCGCUUUCUACUUGUGGCAGUAUGCGCCCACCUGGGCCUGGGCCUUCACAAACUACCUGGGCAGAAAGAGGGUGCAGAACUUCAAAGCGGGACUGGUUUGUACCAAAUCUUCUCAUUCUUACUGCAUCAGAGAUUUCAUCUUAGGGCAAACAGGGAAUCCCACAAUGUAUUAGACACCAAGGGAGUCUAAGAGAUGCAAGUAUUGGACAGAAUAAUAUGGCUUGUGUACAACUGAUUUGACCGGACAUCUUUCAUUUUUAAUGUAGUGAUCAAAGGUAACAUGCCCACCUAGGUGUUCUAUAUAUGAAAAAUUGUGACCACUUGGUAAUUCAGAGCAUGCUCCAUUGGAGCGGUGUGGGAAAAUAAGCAGCUGCUCCCUUGGUGAAGGCUGUCCAUCAUAAAGCCCCUCUCCAAAUCACCGUAAUCCUGCAGCUGGUUGCUUUUCUGGGGGCUAAAACAGCCGAGUCCAAAAUACCAGCUGUCAGGCAUGUAGGGGUUCAUUAUAAUGGCAAUCAAAAGUAGUCCAUACAACUCUUCUGAACCGCAGCCAGAAUUCACUUAAUUUCACUCUCCCUCUAAGUAAAUUCACCAAACGAUGGUCCACAGGACAGCUUUUCCUGUCUGUGGGCUAGGGAAGGCCUUGAUA